UUGCGACCCUGAGAAAAACAGGUCUUCACGGAUUGCUCAAUCAACCAACCAUGAAACCCUUCUUCCCUCCACCUCCUUCCGAAUGGCGAGUCCUGGUUGAGCCUUACGUCCGCGCCAUCAACCUCCCCGCCCUCGCUGCCCACUUCCACGUCCUCCUCGGCUCCGCCCUCUUUUACCAGACGAUCUUCCUCCUCUCCCCAUUCAUCUCCAAGAUCUUCGCGGCAAGAUCAUACGGCAAAUUGAAGACAAGAGGAAAGAUUAAUUGGAAUAUCCAUGUCGUGUCCCAGGUGCAAUGUAUCAUCAUCUGUAUCUUUGCCGCGAUCACGUUGAUCUAUGACGAUGAUUUGAAGAAGGAUAAGUUGACUGCAUACAGUCCCUUCGGGGCGGAUGUCUAUGCCAUGGCUUGUGGAUACUUUUUGUGGGAUUCCUACGUCUCAAUCCGCUACAUCAACCUCUUCGGCCCCGGUUUCGCCGUCCACGGACUCGCCUCCCUCUUCGUCUUCCUCUUCUCCUUCCGCCCCUUCGCAAUGUACUACGGCCCUGCCUUCCUCUUCUUCGAACUCUCGACGCCCUUCCUCAAUAUCCACUACUUCCUCGAUAAAUGCGACAUGACCGGAUCUUUCGCACAGAUGAUUAACGGCGUUAUGCUCAUGACGACUUUCUUUUCUGUUAGGAUUGUGUGGGGGUGGUAUGCUGCUUACCAGUAUUUCGCCGACAUCUUCUCGAGAAUGGAUGUUGUUCCGGGGUGGUUGGCGUACACUUACCUCGCUGCUAACGCGUCUUUGAACUUCUUGAACGUGUAUUGGUUCAGCAAGAUGAUCGACGCUCUUCGUCGUAGGAGCAAGGGCGAGAAGAAGGCUCCUGUACAGGAGGCCGGUAACGUCGAGGGACACAAGAUGGAAUAGAAGGAACACGAUGUCAAUACCAUAGGGUACAAUAACACUAGAACACGGAGUACGGAGUAUGCUUCUUGUUUGGAGGGGUUGAACGAAUUGUAGUGCUUGAACCAGCAAAGCCUGAAUUGAACGAUAGUGCCCCAAAUAUUACCCACCCCUUUAAAAUACCGCAA